AUGAGGACUUAUCACUGCUUCUGGCUGCUCUUCUGGGUUACUCAUCCUCACCAAAGUUCUUCCAGCCCAUUAUCAAGAAGAACUAGAGGCUUGCCAGAAAGCCCAAUGGUUUUGGAUCUAUCUAGAAGCCACAAAAAAGAGGUUAAUCGUUCCAAAAGAAGCUGGAUGUGGAAUCAAUUCUUUCUUUUAGAGGAAUACACGGGCUCUGACUAUCAAUAUGUUGGCAAGCUUCACUCUGACCAGGACAGAGGAGAUGGUUCACUUAAAUACAUCCUUUCUGGAGAUGGGGCAGGAGACCUCUUCAUUAUCAAUGAGAACACAGGAGAUAUACAAGCCACAAGAAGGCUAGACAGGGAGGAGAAGCCUGUUUAUACUCUUCGUGCCCAGGCUGUCAACAAGAGGACUGGAGUACCGGUGGAGCCUGAGUCAGAGUUUAUCAUCAAAAUUCAUGACAUCAAUGACAACGAGCCAUUAUUUACAAAGGACAUCUACAAUGCCAGUGUCCCAGAAAUGUCUGAUGUAGGAACAUUUGUUGUGCAAGUCACAGCGACGGAUGCCGAUGACCCUACCUACGGGAACAGUGCCAGAGUUGUCUACAGCAUUCUCCAGGGGCAGCCAUAUUUCUCCGUUGAGUCUGAGUCAGGCAUCAUCAAAACAGCUCUGCUGAAUAUGGAUCGGGAAAACAAAGAGCAGUACCAGGUGGUCAUCCAAGCCAAGGACAUGGGAGGCCAGAUGGGCGGAUUAUCAGGAACCACCACGGUGAACAUCACACUGACUGAUGUCAAUGACAACCCACCCCGCUUCCCCCAAAGUGCUUACCAGUUCAAAAUUCCAGAGUCUACCCCACCUGAUUCCCCAGUUGGCAGGAUAAAGGCUACCGAUGCAGAUGUGGGCUCCAAUGCAGAGAUGGAAUACAGCAUCCUGGAAGGGGAUGGCUCUGAAAUGUUUGGUGUUGUCACUGAUGAGGAGACACAAGAAGGCAUCGUAACAGUAAAAAAGGCUUUGGAUUUUGAGAAGAAGAGGCAGUUUACUCUGAAAGUGGAGGCUAGCAAUCCUCAUGUGGAUCCCAGAUUCCUCUACCUUGGGCCAUUCAAAGACAUCACGACUGUCAGAAUCCAGGUGGAGGAUAUUGAUGAACCUCCUGUGUUUAGCAAGCCAGCCUAUGUACUUGAAGUAAAGGAAAAUGUCCAGAUAAACACAGUUAUAGGAAGCGUGUCUGCCCGAGACCCUGACAGUGCAAAGAACCCGAUCAAAUAUUCUGUAGAUCGCCACACUGAUAUGGACAGAAUAUUCAACAUUGAUUCUGGAAAUGGAUCAAUAUUUACUUCCAAACCUCUUGACCGGGAAACACUGCUGUGGCACAACAUUACAGUAAUAGCUGCCGAGAUCAACAACCCAAAGGAAAGCAGCCGUGUCCCAGUGUUUGUCAAAGUCCUGGAUGUCAAUGACAAUGCCCCAGAGUUUGCCAUGUUUUACGAAACCUUCGUCUGUGAAAACGCAAAGGCUGAUCAGCUUAUACAGACCCUGAGUGCAGUUGACAAAGAUGAUGCUUUUGGUGGACACAAAUUUUCAUUCGCAUUGGCCCCUGAAGUAGCCAGUAGCUCUAAUUUCACCCUUCAGGACAACCGAGAUAACACAGCCGGGAUUUUCACAAGAAGAACCAGAUACAGCAGACAUGAAAUGAACAUGUACCUCUUGCCUAUGGUAAUAUCUGACAAUGAAUAUCCAAUUCAGAGCAGUACAGAGACGGUGACGAUCCGGGUGUGUGCUUGUGACCAGCGAGGCAAAAUGCUCUCCUGUAAUGCAGAAGCACUGAUCCACCCAACGGGCCUUAGCACCGGCGCUCUGAUUGCAAUUCUCCUCUGCAUCAUUAUAUUGCUAGUUACAGUGGUUCUGUUCGCAGCCCUGAGAAGGCAACGGAAGAAAGAGCCUUUGAUCAUCUCCAAAGAAGACAUCCGAGACAACAUUGUCAGUUACAACGAUGAAGGUGGUGGAGAGGAAGACACCCAAGCCUUUGAUAUUGGCACACUGCGUAACCCUGAAGCCAUAGAAGACAAUAAAUUGCGCCGAGACAUUGUGCCAGAAACGCUUUUCAUGCCCCGCCGGACUCCAGUGGUACGAGAUAACACUGAUGUCAGAGAUUUCAUUAGCCAAAGGUUAAAGGAGAAUGAUACGGAUCCGACAGCACCCCCAUAUGACUCAUUAGCAACAUAUGCAUAUGAAGGCAAUGGUUCUGUGGCAGAAUCUCUCAGCUCCUUGGAGUCAGUGACAACAGAUGGAGACCAGGACUAUGAUUACCUCAGUGACUGGGGACCUCGGUUUAAAAAGUUGGCCGAUAUGUAUGGUGGAGCAGACAGUGAUAAAGACUCUUAA